AUGAAGUCCGGCUACACCUUUGUCCUCGCCGCCGCCGUCGCGGCACUCUGCGGCACGGCCUUUGCCAUCGAAGGCGGCACCUGCGACGUCUACACCCAAAAGUGCACCGCGUACGUCACCGAGCCCGUCGGCCGGGACAGGACCGGCAGGACCCAGUACGCCGUCGUGCCCAAGUACUACAGCUGCAGCUCCAGCGCGAGGUGCACGCGGGACGGGAACCACUGCGACAUCAACGCGGGCACCAACAGCGCCGUUUGCCGGUAA